GACAGCUGUCAAAUUAAAAUUAACCUCACAAUAUUUUGUAAACAAAACUUUAUCUUGCAAAAUCAAAAAUAAUUUAGCUGAAAACUCUAAAUUAAAAUGGAGUUUCCAACUCUCGGAGAGCAUUGUCAAGAAGAAGGCUGCAACCAAACCGACUUCCUGCCGCUGCAGUGCAAAUGCGGGAAGGUUUUCUGUCGAGUCCAUUUCAACGAUCACUGUACGUCGGAAACCUGCGACCAAGCCCCGAAGCCGAAGGAGAUCAAGUUCAAAACAGAUGACCAGAUAUUCAAGUGCCAUGACAAAACGUGUAGGAAGGGAAACCUUCAUGAAAUGCUGUGCCCAAAGUGUAAACUACACUUCUGCAUCGAACAUAGGUUUCAUGAAUCCUGUCCAGAGAUAGAUGAUGAAACAAUGGCUGCCAAGAUUGAACAAUUGGAAGCUCCGAGAAGACAGUUCCAGGAGGCCAACAAACAUUUGCAAGAGAAGAUUACUGAAAACAUAAGAAAAGCUCUGCAAUCAUCAGCAAAAGUGAAAACAGCCUCGAAAAUCCACCUCAUGAGGAUCAAGCAAAAAGCUGUCGGUCCCAAGACUGUGCCACCUGGAGAUAGGGUAUACUUUUCUAUAACUAAGCCUAUAAACAAAGAUGCUAAACCAAUCAGCAUCAUCCAAGAUGUAGAAAAGAUUCAGUACAUUGAAUCAAUAACUCUAGAACCAGAUUUGAAAGACUGUAUUCCUGUAUUUAUAUCUUCAAAAUGGAGUCUUGGUCGAGCCAUGGACAGUAUUUGCGAAUCUUGCAAUAUUAAGAAUGAAAACAAUAAAAUGGAUGGGCCUAAGCUGAGAUUGUUUCGUAAAUUGGAUGGCUACUGUGUAGGUCCCGUACGGAUGGAUGCUGAAAUCAGUGAUUUGAUGAAACUAGAUGUUUUAGUGGAAGGAGACAAAUUAGUUAUUGAAUAUGUUGAUAGCAAUAUGUUUAGCGAUAUGACUGAAACUUCACAGGUAUUUUUAAAACCUACAGACUCAUGACUGCAAGGCUGUUUUAGAAAUCAAACACAGUAAUAAAAUAAAUCAAUUAAUUUAUUGA